GACCUUGCCCUCUUACCGUCACAACUCGCCGGAUGCCCACGGGAAGUUGAGCAGAAUGGAGCGCCUAUUCGCCUCGUUGCGCCUUCGGCGCUUCCCUCGUGUGCUGUAUUGGUCACCGCUGGUCUUCUUUUGCGCCCGACAAUUUCCUAUCCACACAGUCUCCGGGCGUAGCAUGCAGCCGACCCUCAAUCCUGACGAGUCUAUGCUCAGGAACGACGUCGGUCUCUUCUGCCGGCUGCCCGUGUAUUACGAGGAUUUCCGCCGAGGCGACAUCGUUGCGAUGCGGUCUCCUACUAAUCCACACCGAAUGCUUAUCAAGCGUAUAAUUGCGCUUCCCGGCGACACGGUGAAGGCCCUGCAGCCUUGGCCCGACGCUGUGGUCACAAUUCCACAAGGCCAUAUGUGGGUGGAAGGUGACGACCCAUACCAUAGCUAUGAUAGCAACCACUUCGGAGCGGUUCCCCUAGCGCUCGUCGAGUCGAGAUUGACAGGCUUAUUGUGGCCCCUUGAGCGCGCCGGUCCCUCAACACGGCUGUCGCGAGAUACGAAGGCGCUCGAACGACAAAGGUUGCGUGAGAAGAGGCUCAUUGCCAGUACACCUCUGCAGACGACACUUAGCGAAGCAGCAGUACUGCCGGAAUUAUAGCAGUGAUUCCUUCUCCUUCAUAGCAGCGAUCCUUUCUAUCGCACCAGCUGAAUGAUAUGAACGUGUCAUUCCGUGGG